AUGGACCACAACAUGGACGACGUGAAGCGUCUCAGUGUUUGCAUAAUAGGACAUUCAUUUGUGUCUCGGCUCCAGCGUUACAUGGACUCAAACUCAAGUCUCAUGAAUCUAAAUUUGGAUUCGGACAAUUUUAAUGUGUGGGUAUGUGCCCGAGGAGGAUUACGUGUGUCCCAGUUAAAGGAUUUUAUCAAAUUUAAAAACAAACCACAUGUGUGUUUUAUUCAGAUUGGCGAAAAUGACAUUUUGCGCUAUGAGAUGGAAAAAUUAUCAACGGAUAUCCUUUCAAUAGCAAGUUAUUUACACGAGGGGAUGGAUAUCCCAGUUGUGAUUGUCGGUCAACUGUUGCGUCGUCAGCCUUGGGCGUCCUCCAGCGACUUUAAUGCGAAAAUCGUUGCCGCAAACAAUUUUCUUAAGGCAGGAUGUUCCGACCUAGAAGGAGUCCAUUUUUGGCACCACAGGGGAUUUUGGAGUGACCUGAACUUCCUCUGUUAUGACGGGGUACACCUACAAUGCCCAGGUUCACCAGUCCAUGUUGUGUCUUCCUCCCCAAUGCACAGAUAUUGGCGCAGCAUUCGUUCAGCAAUACUGCACUAA